UCUAGUGUGGUUACCAGGGGAACGCGAUCUUAAAAGUUAUUUGCUCCAUUUGCUCCGUUUCACUUCCAGGAAUUAGCGCCAGGACCGUAGCUUUAUUUUGGUCUAACUGUAUGUAAAUGCAGUGUCGCUCAUGAAGGAAAAGUAGUGCAAUGAGAUACCAGGGCGUUUCGCUCGACCGUCCGCUCACAGUGAGUUUCGUCCUUCAGAGAAAUAUUAGUCAGCAAGAUGCCGUCACCACAAGUUCUCCAACCGGUUCUCAAAGUAAAGGUUGAUGAGCUGUUUCUCAACUGGCUGAGUGAUCCUGGAACACAGUCGGUCCUCAAGGAUUUUCUAGACUUAAUUAAAAGUGGCGAGUAUAACGGCUUGAGCAGUGGAAACGCACAGGACAAAAAGUCGUUGAGCUUCAACGAGAACAACAAUGUAGCAUCACAGAAGAACCUUUCCGAGAAAAAGCCCCUGGGUACCAAUUCAAGCCCUGCACCCAACAGCACCCUGCCCUCUCGCAGCAGCAGCAAUGCACGGGUGACGGGACCCAAUGGGAGAGUACUGCGGAGGUCUGUCAGCACGAAGAAGGCCCAGGUGAGGACGGAGGAGCCGGUCACCACUGCACUGAGCGAAAACAUUCCCAAGUUUUACUUCCCACAGGGCCGGCCCCAAGCCAACCUCAACAUCGACGGCCUCAUUUCCAAAAUUGAGAAAAUAUUUUCGCAAUUCCCAAAUGAAAGGGCCACCAUUGAAGACAUGGGGCUGGUCGCCAAGGCCUGCGAGUGUCCCCUCUACUGGAAAAUGCCAUUGUUCUGCUCAGCUGGAGGCGACAGGACGGGUUUCGUCUCAGUACACAAGUUUGUGGCUAUGUGGAGAAAAACACUGCAGACCUGUCACGAUGAUGCUUCUAAAUUUGUGCACCUCUUGGCCAAGCCUGGCUGUAAUUACCUGGAACAAGACGACUUUAUUCCAUUCCUGCAGGAUGUAGUGAACUCGCAUGCAGGCCUGGCCUUUCUGAAAGAAGCACCGGACUUCCACUCGCGAUAUAUCACCACGGUAAUUCAGAGGAUAUUUUACAAUGUGAACCGGUCAUGGACUGGAAAAAUAACCUUUUCUGAGCUCAGAAAAAGUAAUUUUCUUCAGAAUGUGGCGCUGCUGGAGCAGGAGGAAGACGUGAACCAGCUGACAGAAUACUUCUCCUACGAGCAUUUUUAUGUGAUCUACUGCAAGUUCUGGGAGCUGGACUCUGACCACGACCUCUACAUUGACCAGAAAGACCUGGUGCGGCACAAUGACCAAGCCAUUUCCCAGAAAUUGAUUGAAAGGAUAUUCUCAGGAACAGUUACAAGGGACAGACGGGUGUAUAAGGAGGGAAGGCUAAGCUACGCUGAUUUUGUUUGGUUCCUCAUUUCUGAGGAAGACAAGAAAACCGACACCAGCAUAGAGUACUGGUUCCGCUGCAUGGACCUGGACGGGGACGGGGUGCUCAGCAUGUAUGAGCUGGAGUACUUCUACGACGAGCAGUGUCAGAAACUGGAGGCCCUGGCCAUCGAGCCCCUUCCAUUCGAGGACUGCCUCUGCCAAAUGCUCGACCUCGUCAAGCCCGAGGUGGAAGAUAAGAUAACCCUGCGGGAUCUCAAGAGGUGCAAGUUGGCCCACAUCUUCUUUGACACUUUCUUCAACAUCGAAAAGUACCUGAACCACGAGCAGCGGGACCCUUUCUCUGUCAUAAGGGAGGCCGAGACGGACGGCCAGGAGGUCUCAGACUGGGAGAAGUACGCAGCAGAGGAGUACGACAUACUGGUGGCAGAGGAGGCUGAAAAUAAUCAGUGCAACGAUGUGUAUGAUAAUCCCUUGAGCCCGUUGGGGCAGCACAUCUCCAGCGAGCUGGGUCUGACAAAGAGACACUUCUUUGAGAUCCCCACGCCACACUGCAACCUGGACAUGGAUGAAUACGAGUACGAAGACGACUUCGAAUGACGCCCCCCCCUGCCCUCUUCCAUACAUACAGUCAACGUGACGUGGUUAUGAAAACAGCGUCACGCAAAAAAAAAAAAUCAACAGACGCAAGACUCAAAAACCAGAAGACGCCUUAGACAUCUCAAAGUCCCGCACGUCUAAUGAACGAAUGGUUUAAAAAAAAACGUGUGUGGCGCUGCAAGGUUUUCAGCACUCAGAGAGGCAAUUUUAUAUUUUCAUGUGUUACACUUAAAAA